AUGCGCGGCGAAAGGAAAGCAGUGCAACAGAUGUGGAAUCAGCAGUCAAUGUGGAAUCAACAGUGGAAUCACUUCGCGAAAGUGUGUCGUAAUGCUGUUGACGGCACCCGAAGUGGAAAUGCGCAUGCAAUUGUGGCUGAAUUGCCUUACGGUGAGUAUAAGUCAGAGAAUGAGCCAGUCGGUGAUGCUGAGUUCUAUGUUGACACCGUUGAGAGGGAUAAUAAAGUUACGAAUGACCAGGCAUUUGCUGAGGUUGAGCUGGGAUCGGGUAGGGUGAAGGAAGUUGUAGUGUUUAAACUUGACACUGGGUCUCAAGUUAACAUUAUACCGAAGGCUGUACAUGAUCAGUUAGAGAAGCCCAGGACUGGUGACUUGAGAGUGUGCCUUGAUCCGAAAGAUUUGAAUAAGGCCAUUGCUCGUCCACAUCACCCAAUGCGUACGCUAGAGGAUAUCUUACCUGUGUUAACGGGUGCAAAGUAUUUCUCUAAGCUGGAUGCCCGAUCAGCUGAGAUCACGAAGCCCUUAAGGCAAUUGAUGGCCAAGGAUGCAGUUUUUCUAUGGGAUGAUGCCCAGCACGAUGCAUUUCAGAAAGUGAAAGAGAUCCUCACACAGAGUCCUGUGUUGGCAUAUUUUGACCCCUCGAAAGAUACCUGUCUACAAGUCGAUGCAUCAAAAUAUGGCCUGGGUGCAGUAGUUCUACAGGAGGGACGCCCUGUGGCGUAUGCAUCUAAGUCUCUCACUACCACGGAAGUUGGUUAUGCUCAGAUAGAGAAAGAGCUUUAUGCGAUACUGUUUGGCUGUAAAAGGUUUCACCAGUAUGUGUACGGAAAGCAAACAGUGGUAGAGACGGAUCACAAACCAUUGACGGCUAUCUUUAGCAAGCCUUUGCAUGUUGCACCGCCACGAUUGCAACGCAUGUUAUUACAGUUGCAGAAGUAUGUAAGAGGAACGGAGAUUCCGGUGGCUGACACGUUGUCACGCAAUUUUGUGUCGAAUACAUACCCAGAGUUCUCGGAUAAGCUAGAGGUACAUGUGCACACGGUUCUGUCAUAUCUGCCCAUCAGUGACGUAAGAUUGCAGGAAGUAAAAGCUGCUACGGCUGCAGAUGCGCAGUGUGAGUCGUUAGUGCAGUGUAUUAUGACAGGAUGGCCUCGUUUAAGGAAAGAUUGUUCCCCGUCUGUCGUCGAGUUUUGGAAUAUUCGGGAUGAGCUGACCAUUCUUGAUGGCAUCAUCAUGAAAGGUCAUAAGAUUUAUAUUCCUAGUGAACUGCGUACACGGUUUCUAGAGAAUAUACAUGCAGGACACAUGGGAGUAGAGAAAUGUCUCUCGAGGGCGAGAGAUAUUGUGUUCUGGCCAAGAAUAACGGCCGAAAUCACAGAUAUGGUACUGAGGUGUGAAGUGUGUCUAGAGCGUAGGAACUCUAAUGUUAAGGAACCCCUAACGUGUCACAAGGUUCCUGAGUACCCAUGGCAGGUUGUUGCCAGCGAUUUAUUCACCUGGGAAGGGAGUGAUUAUUUAGUUGUUGUGGAUUACUACAGUCGGUUCUUUGAGGUCGAAAAGUUGACUAGUACGACUAGUAGUUGCGUCAUCAACCGGCUAAAACGCAUUUUCUGCAGAUUUGGAAUACCGGAGAAGUGUGUGUCGGAUAACGGUCCGCAAUAUGCGUCGCAGGAAUUUGCACGCUUUGCGGAGCAGUAUGGGUUUGUGCACCCAACGUCUAGCCCCCAUUAUCCUAGGUCUAAUGGUCUCGCUGAGCGCACUGUUCAGACAGUAAAGAGAAUACUCAGCAAGGCUAAAGCUGAUGGUAAAGACUAUUGCAUUGGUGUACUCGAGUACCUUACUACCCCAUUGAGCUUGGGUUAUUCACCAUCACAGUUGUUGAUGGGGAGACGACUCAGGUCGGUUGUCCCUACGUCAGCGCAGUUACUGAAGCCCAGCACCCCUGAUCCAUCCAUAGUGAGGCAGCGGAUACAUGAUAGCCAGCAUAAGUAUAAGCAGUACCAUGACCAGUCUGCACAACCGCUCUGUCCUUUAGGAGUUGGCGAUGGUGUUAGAGUACAGACUGGUAAUGGGAGGUGGAUCCCUGCAGUGGUAUCCGGGAAGCAUGAUGAGCAUUCAUAUGUUGUGUGUACACCAGAUGGUGCUGUAUACCGGCGGAAUCGGAGGCAUCUGGUGAAGCCACCUUUGUCGGCUAUGUAUCCUGCUAUGAAGCAGAAUGGGGAUGGUCCUAUGCAGACUAGCGUUAGUGUCGAUGAGAAGCUACUAGCGUCAUACAACCCUAUCACAUCCGACCCGCCUACACAAAUCUCAGCAAAGCAGCCUGAAGUUAAGAAAUCGGUGUCCAGUGAGACUCAGAAUACACGUAAGGAAGCCGAGGACUUGGAGGACUCAACGGCCACUGAGCUGGAGUUGGAAGAUGAACCAUCCUUCAAGCGACGCAAAAAUUAA